GAAAAGGAAGCAUGCGAAAGAUGGUUCCAAACAUAAAAAGACUAAUCCGGUUGGAAAUCUUGGAGUUACCUGUACAAACCCGGCUGAACGAAAACAUAAACAACUGCUUUCAGAUGACACCAUGGAUCAUGUUUCUGAUGUCAGGACAUCCGCAACAAAGCGUUCAAAAGUAGCUAACCUGCAACAUGACACAUCCAGGUGCGAUAUUCAAGAUGAUAACAUGAUACCUAUAUCCCCAGAGCUUACUCAACAACAUUCCCUGCCUGAAUCACCUCAGGCUUUCCGAUCUCCACCACCAUCGUCCGGGUCGCACUAUUCAUCCCGUGGGUCACGUUCUCCGUAUAGCCGUUCUCCAUCACUUCGCACUUCAAGAACACACCAUCGUCAUCUUGUUUCGCAAGGAAGUGACCGCCGGGGAGAUAUGCCUCGCGAUCGUUUUCCUCGUCGAGGAAAAUUUGAUGAAUCACGUCAGAUAAAUCCCCGGCGAACAUAUGUCGGUUAUCGAAGGCCUUCCGCAAGUCGGGACACCAGUCCGGAAGAGUACUUUCCAGACCAUUUCCGGUCCCGUCGCCGCCGUAGUCAUAGCCGCAGGUCAAAAGAAGCUGAUCGUAGCUCAAGAACUGAGGGUAGUAGGCAGACAGUUGGCCGUCCGCGUAUUCUUUCUCCCACUCAAGGUUCGCGACAAAGACGAUAUCACCACACCAACCACUCAAGAAGUCGCAGUCCAUCUGAACAGCUUAACAGACGGCACCGAGAUGAUGUGCCCUAUCGUCGGUAUCACCGCUCACCAAACAGGUAUUCGAGCUCAACCAAAGACGGAGGGUCAGAUGUGCGCAAAAAGACAAGUUCUCACAAAGCCGUCCCGGUUGAACGCUCUAGAAAUGACGAUGGAGCUCCAACCACUGAGGCCAGGCUUGAGUCAGAUGUUCCUCGUCAUGAAUCUCCCAGUAGAUUGCCAGGACGAUCCGGGCGCGGUGAAGGUACCUCUCAUUCUAAGAGGAUCCGAGUGUCAGAACGUUCCAGAUCAUCUAGUGAACAGACUGAGAAGCGACGUCAUCGAAAGAUACGUUCGAGUGGUAGUUCGGAUCGCUCAGUCCGACUCAGUGCUCCUCAUUCAUCCGAGCCCUCUCAUGAACAGGCUUCAAAUCCUCGCUCCCCCAAGCAAGACAGAGUACGGAAGUCCAAAUUGUCGUCUAAAGUCUGUGCUGUUCUGAAUUUGUUGGGUGAACUUGGGACUGACAUUGUCUCCGAUGCUGAACUCGACUCAUUACUGCCACUUGACAUCCUGUCAGGUAACGACAUAACGGACCUGAAUUGCAGCACUUCACUCACCUGCCCGAAAAUCCAGUUGGAUCAACAACAGGCGGACGAAUUACCAGCGCCACCUUUGGAAUCCAUGGGGGAUUCCGCUGAAAAACGGCUCGAUGAUAAAAAUCUCCGUGCACUCAGCUCCCUGGAAAACCUAUCUUCACAAAUCAGACAGAAGUUAUGCGAACCGGAACAAUGGGAUGAUUCAGUAGAACUUUCUCCCUCGUCUGACCACGAAGGUGAUUUGGAUGAUGAGUCCCCAACCCACCAGUCGCUCGUCACCAUUGCGACAAGUCGAAAGUCCCUCCCCAGCCGUCCACAACCGAUAAAUAGCAUGCUAAUGCCCUGGCAAGAAUUGAUCGAGUCAGCAGACAGUAGCUGUGCUCCGGAGACCGCGGUUGUAUCUUCGGAUUUAAUCAGUCCCGUGGUGCAACCUGAUGACUUACUGAGGUCUGGUGCUUGCAGUGCACGCUUGCUAUCCAUGCGAAAUCGCGCGUGUGGAGCCUUCAUCUUGCGCCAUAUCGGAGUUAGUAAACGUUACAUGGGUACGGACCUAUUAGCCUGUUUAAACAAUGAACUGGCCAGCGUCGGGGACGAUACGCUGACGGAUACGAAGGCUUCUCAUGCACAAGUGGGACAAACUGAAAUCGCUUGGAUGCAACGGAAUCCGCAAAUGGCCGAGCCUCUCUCCCCCUCUACCACCCGUCCGUUUGUCCCUCAUGGUGACUUGCUCUCGUCAAUGUCUGACGCCCUUAUGCGACAACAGCUACUGGAGCUAGUCAACUGA